GCACGUCCGGACAACUUUCUCGGUAAAUCACACGGUCCGAGGGCGAGCCCGGUACAUAAACGAGCCCCUCCUCCUUCCCCGCUGUCAGUAUAGUCAGAUAAGCAGUUAAGAGACACCAACGGCUCUCAGAUCACCGACAAAUAACAAUAAUCACAGCCACCAGUCAUGGCCCAGUGGCAGGACCUGCUGAGGCUGGAUUCAGCCCUCCAGGACCGGGUGAGUCAGCUGUACUACGGGCGGCUCGCCAGAGAGAUCCGCCACUACCUGUGCACCGUGAUAGAGAGCCAGGACUGGGAUUCAGCAGCUGUGGAUGAGAAUAAAGCAAACACUUGUUUGUGUGCACUGCUGAUGUUUCUGGACGAACAGUGGAACCGUUCUGUGCAGGAGAACAACAUCUUGCAGGGACCCGAUUUUCGAGGGAUGAAAGACUACCUGCUGAAACACUUUCAAGAACAGCCACUGAACUUGGCCAUAAUCCUCUCUGAGUGUCUAAAGGAGGAAAAGGAAAUCCUGGCUUCAGUCUCAGAUCAAGGUAGCAACAUCUCAGCUGUGGAACAAAAAUGGCGGCAGCUAGACAACAAAGUCAACGAACUGAAAAGGCAGACUUUGGAAAUAAAGAAGAAAACAAAGGCGCUGGAGGUCCUGAAUGAAAAGCUUGGCUUCAUACAGCAGACCUGGCAAACCCAAGUCGAGCAGCAUGUUGGAUUAGCCAAGUCUCACACUGUUGUGGAGGAGGAAUGUCUCAAGCAGGCCAACGUUAUCACACAAACCAAGCAGAUGUUGCUGCAGCAGAUGGUGAACAUUUUAAAAGAGGCAAAGGAGAUCGUGGUGACUCUGACAAAUGUGGAGCUGCCCGAGUGGAAGUGCAGGCAGCAGAUGUUCUGCAUCGGAAGUCCAGUCGACACCCGUCUGGACUAUCUGGAGAAGUGGUUCACGACUGUGGCAGAAGUGCUGCAGGAAGUACGCGAACAGCUGCAGAAGCUGCAGGAGCAGAACCAGAAGUACAGCAGCACCGACGCCGCCAACUCUCCUGCUCCCUUGGCAGAAAUUGAGACUUUAACGCUGUCCUUGUACACAAAACUUCUCUCAAACGCUCUGGUGGUUGAGAAACAACCCAUCAUGUCGAGUUCACCACAGCGACCUCUGAUUCUGAAGACCGGGGUGAGAUUCACAAUGACAGUGAGGUUCUUAGUAAACCUCCCACAGUUCAAGUAUCUGCUGUCUGUCAAACCCGUAUUUGACAAGGAUGUUGAGGAAACCAGGACAGUUAAAGGGUUUCGUCGCUUUGACCUGAACAGCGGUGACUCUAAGGUGAUGGACGUGGACACACCCAGAGGAGGCCUGGUGGCAGAAUUUUCUCACAUGUCAAUCAAGGAAGCAGCAAAACAGGAAAAAGGAAAAAGCAAAGUAUCAUCUGAGAUUCUUCUUCACCACAAUCGUCUGGGUGUCACUGAAGAACUCCACAUCAUUAAGUUCGUGACGGAGCUCCAACAUGCCGGACUGCAGUGUAUCAUCGAGGCCAGCUCCCUGCCUUUGGUUUUGAUCUCCAGCACCAUUCAGGCCUCCAGUGCCUGGGCCACCAUCAUGUGGUGCAACAUGGUGUCCACCAGCGAGCCGAGGAACCUGUCAAUGUUUUUGGACCCUCCUCCGCUCACCUGGCAGCAGAUGUCGCAGGCUAUCAGCUGGCAGUUUCUGACUGUUGGCCAGCGGGGACUCGACGAGCACCAGCUGUCAAUGAUAAGAGAAAAAAUUGUGGAUGAUCUUGAUCUCGUUCACUGGAACAAAUUCUCCAAGAACGAGAGUGCCUGGGCUUGGAUCGAUGGAAUCCUGGAUCUGAUCAAAAAGCACCUGGUGGAUCUUUGGCAGGACGGUUCCAUCAUGGGCUUCGUGAGCAGGGAGAGCACGAAGGCGCUGCUGCAGGAAAAACCCACCGGCACCUUCCUGCUGCGCUUCAGCGAGAGCAACAAAGACGGAGCCAUCACCUUCAGCUGGGUGGAGCACUCCAACGGUGAGCCGCACGUGCAUUCAGUGCAGCCAUACACCAAGGUGGAGCUGGUGAACAUGUGUGUGUCGGACAUCAUUUACCACUACAGCCUGAGAGCCCAGAAGAACAUGACCAGGAACCCUCUGCUCUAUCUCUACCCAGACAUCCCCAAAGACGCCGCCUUUGGACGCUACUACAAGAAAUCUGCAAUUUCGGCACCGAAAAAAGUCGUGGACGGGUACGUCAACAGGACUCAGAUUCCUGUGUCGGACUGUCCGACGCCACCUCCGUCUCCACCCAGGGACAACCCCCUGAUGGACAUGGAGAUAGACGGAGACUGGAAUUCGGAAACUUGUCAGGUGUUUCAGGAAAUCUUCUCCGAGUUCCUCAACUUUCCCAACUGCCCGAUGUCGCCUUCUCAGAGCUUCUGUGUCGACACGAGUAGCUGCUACUGAAAAAGUGCACUGACAGUGCGGUGAAUGAAUGUAUUAGAACCAGUGAUUGGCUACGUAUGAGUAUUAUGUUCAUAAUGACAUACAAAUAGCAUGUAUAGCUUCUUACCAAAUGUAUAUAUCAUGACGAUGUAAAAAUGUAUUUCCUCUGUUGUUUCAAAGGCAUUUUCCAGUCGAAUAUUUGCACCGGCUGACUUGAAAAUGAAAAUCCUGCUGUUGUGGGCAUCAACACAAUCCUGUACUGUAGAAUUUGCCUUACUUUUGUUUAUUAAAAAUAAACAUCUGAAUUCA